AGGCAGCUGGUGACAGCCGAACCGCUCCCCCAGCAGCCAAUACACCGAAUCAACAGAAGACAUUACCGGACAGCUACGUGUAGAUACAGUAGUACCGUUUACUCUUCACCGGAGACACGUUUUUCAACUUAGAGCCGAUUAGUUGUUUGUUUCCUUGCAUUGGUUAAACAACGUUAUCGCUUGUGCUGAUGGAGGAUGAUGGCAAACUGAGAGAAAGCUGUUGCUUCGAGUUUUAGCAUAAGUAACGUUGACGUUAGCUUCGUAUCUACCAAGCAUAGGCUAGGUAACCACAGUGUUUACGGUCGCGGUAUCGACACAACGCCAGGUGGUCGGGUACUCGGUAAAGAUGGGUGACAUAAACCCAUCGACAUCCCAUGCAUUUCAGUCGGAGGGUUUCAGCCCGCCAUACAGGAGGAGGACAGUUGAGGAUUUUAACAAGUUUUGCACUUUCGUCUUGGCCUAUGCUGGUUACAUCCCAUACCCGCAAGAGGACUCUCCACUGCGCAGUAGUUCCAGUCCUCCCAACAGUACAGGCAGCACAGCUGACAGUGAUGGCUGGACCCCGGGACCCCCAACCUCCUGCCCCCAGCGCCCUCCCAAGGCCCCCCAGGACAGGAGCAGGAAACGUCCACAGCCAGGAGCCACACUGUCUGGUCACACCAAGAAAGAACACACAAUCCCAACCCUGCACCCAGAUGACCGCAGAAAAGCUGACAAGCUGAAGAAGAAGAAAAGGCGAAAGGAGAGGGAACAUGGGUCUGGGGAGGAGAGCAGAGUCCAGCAAGCCCACCCGACGUUUCCAGGGCUGCAGUACCCAGACUCCUUUGGUGGCCGAACGAUCAAAGAGGAGCCUGAAGAUGAUUUCAGCAUCCCCAUCACCCCCCAGCGCCUGCCUAGCUCGGCCCCCUGCAAGGAGGAGCCCAACGACGAGCGUCAAGACUGGGGUCACGAAGACCUCGAAGACCUCGAAGAAGGGAUGGUUAAGGUACAAAAGGUGGAGGGCCUUGCAGGAAAGAGGAAGGUCUUCCGCCAGGGGAAACAGGUGGUGUUCAGAGACGAAGACGGAUCAGGAGAGGAUGAGGACAUCAUGGUGGACUCUGAUGACGACUCGUGGGACCUGGUGACGUGUUUCUGCAUGAAGCCUUUCGCGGGCCGGGCCAUGAUCGAGUGUAACCAGUGCAACACCUGGAUCCACCUGUCCUGUGCCAAGAUCCGUAAGAGCCACGUUCCAGAGACAUAUACGUGCCAGAGCUGCCGAGAGUCACUCGGGACCGCAGACGCCCGCCGGUCCCACCGCUCGCGCAUAGGCCCGCGCAAGCAUCUGCUGGACUGACCCCAGGUCGACCCCUGAACGACCCCUGAACUCUGACCCCUUCCACUCCUGCCUCCAUGCCGCCUGCUGGACUGACCCUUCCUCAAAUUCAGGUCUUGCAACCUUCAGUCUCUGUCCUUCAUGCCCAGCCAUGAACCCCACAUUUUCUAUACACACUUUGGUGGACCUAUCCCAAGCCCCUAUCCCUUUUUGAAAACAGUUUGAUUUUUAGAUUAACUAAGGUUUGUUCCUGCAUCCCUACAGACUCCGUGCGUUAGGCAAUCACUGAAUGGAUGUCCGUCUGUAGAUGACAUUAGCGUAGGGACAAACCUCUACUGUUUGGUGUCUCGUGAACACUGGAAACAUAUGAACUGCCAUAUAGAGAAUACCCUCAAAACUGCCACCCACUAUGGUGCAUGCUGGGAUUUGUAGGAAAGACAGUUUGCACUGUUCUCACUUUUUUUUUUUUUAAGGAUUCAUAUGACCUUUCUGUCAUAAGGACAUGUAUGUCUUUCUGAGUAAACUGGAUUUGUCUUCUUUUAGAUGACUCUAUAAAUGUUACAUAAUUAACCGUAAAACAAGCUAAGCCUUGUGUUAACUGCUUCAGAUGGUGCUAUAGUAUUACGCUGAGGUAUAAUCCACUAGAGCAAAGAUGUAGGAUACGAGAGUCUGCAUCUGCUUCAUCUCUUUCUUGUUCUGUUUUGUUAUUUAAAACAUUGUGAAAGAAUAUCAUUGAGGCUUGAAGCCCGUUAACUGAACCAAGCGCUUCUUCCUCCCCCUUCUGUUUCAGAAACGGUCUUCCAACCUCUCAAUUAAGACGUUCCUUGGCCAUACACAAAGUUCUCACACCAUUUUAUUUUCAAAAUGUUUAAACAGUGUUUGUCUUUCACCAGAAUCCUGUUCAGAUGAGCUGUUUUUUUCUAUAUUAAAUAACUUCUUAUUUCACAUAUAUAAAACUGUCAAGAUUCAGAUGACAGGGUUUUCAGUUUGAAGUUCUCUUUUGCCUCUGCUCAGUGUUUUUGCUGCAUUCAAUGACGGGUUAGAACAGUGGUAUUGUUCAUAACUACUAUUAUUUUCCAAACCAUUGUUUGAAUUCACCUCUGUUUCAUGUCUUCUGUUUUCAUGCUCAUGACAGAGUUUUCAGAGACAAGCAUAUUUAUAGAAGGGAACUCCUAUGGCCGUCCUGUUAAAGUAUCAACAGAAAAUAAAGCUAUUGUAACUGGAAUAGUGUUGUUAGAAAUAGUCCAGUGGAAAUUAUGCAUGAGUGUGUUUGUUUGAAAGGAUGACAGUGUGAGGGUGUUGGCAAAGCAUGUGCUGCUAUGGCUCAACUUAGCUUCAUGGUUUCAAUCUUUGUAAGAAACAGAAAUGGAUAUCUGCAAAGAACCAUGGGCCGGGUCGGUCUGUUUUGUUUGUCUCUGAAGGGUCAGAUCAGGAGAACAGAUUUUGUCUCUUAUCACCUCUCACUAAUGUUUUCACAGCAGUAUUCACUUAUUUCCACAUGCAGCAGGUUUAGUUGAAAAAAAUGCUUUUACUAUUGCACUUUUUCCCUAAAACUUGCUGGAAAUGUUGGUUUUUAAGCUUCGUUAUUCAUGUGCCAUCUGCUGUUUUGUCUGAUAAAAUAUAAAAGCCAUACUGUAGUGACAGAUUUUAGACUCAGAACCUUUUAUAUAAGUCCAGGAUGGGAUUUUGUAAUGCAGAAUCAGUUACUUUGACUGGGCAAUGACUAACAACCCAAUGCUUCUUUGGUAUGUAAAGAAUACAGGACUUUCUAAAAGUUUAAAGUGGUUAAGCUACACUCUUGUCUGGUAUUUUCAAAUGUUCGUUAACUGGUUUCUAUCCAGCAAUCACCAGAUCAUAAGAAACAUCAGGUUUUGAUGUUUUUAGGGAGUUUUCAAGACAUAAAAAGCAGUUUCUCAGGACGUUCAUGUCAUGAAAAGAGAACCUGAAGAGAUAUCUUUGGGCACAAAAUCCAAAUUCUAGUCUGCCUCUUUAAGACAUCAGUGUAAUCAAUGUUAGCUCAUUGUGAUAAAGCUUGUUUGAUCCAGAUCUUGGGUUAUCCUAUCCCCUUAUUGAGAAAGCGUUGUCUGUUCUGUGGUGCAAACUGUUUCUGUGAAACUAUUGUAAACUAUUGUAAAUAAAGAGUUACCAUUUUAA